GCUUUGGCCGCCCACGCGCUCGCUUCGCCUUGACUUCCGUAUGAGGAGGCACAAGUGGAGACGAAAUGAGAUGCGACCUCAGCUGUCAACGCCGAGGCAGUGGCCACCGCCCACGCCAAAAGAGACUGCUGGAUGACUUCACGGCGCUUGACCAGAGGCAGAGGCACAGAUGCAUCUCCUCGUCGGCUGUGCGAAAAUACUCAGAGAGGCAAAGUCGCACUGCUCCACUCCUUGCCAUCCUCGACACCUUACCUGGUCCGGGCGUGGGACAAGGGGGCUAGCACAGUGAACUCAGUCGUCGGUCACGGUCGCUCCUUGCCGCCCAUCCAGCAUCCCCUGGCUUCAUAAAGACUCGCGCCUUGGUCAAAAUCCUUUGACAUUCGAACCCUGUAUCAUCAUCCUUGUUGUCCGUGCCAACCUCGAUCCUUCUCGUACCGACUUGCGCCACUUCGGUCCUGCACUUUCGACGCCAUUUCCCCAAAUGGCCACCGCGGCUACCUGCCUGACCACACCGUUCUCAAGUACUGCCGCAUUGAUGAACCCAUCUGCUCCCACCACCCCGGACCGGCAACAUCCCUCCUCCCCCGCUCGCUCUCACGUUCGGAAAUCCUCCCUCACCCUCUUCAAGAUCGCAGCAUCCGCCAGUGGCAAAGACCUUGCAGCACAUUCCCCCAUCAGCCCGCCUCGAGCAGUGCCCGAGAAGAAGGCUACGUCCCCUACCAGCAGGGCUGCAUCGGAUCAGCCACCGAUAUCCCCUUCGGCGUCCAGCCGACGCUUUUCGUUUGGAUUCGGUGCAGCAAAUAGAGGACCAGCUGCGGGUCCCAGCAGCCCUCGACCCUCUGCAGACGCUCAGCCCGCUACCGACCUCUCAUCAUCUGGUUCCCCGACAGAGGAGGCCGUCCGCUGCCACGUGGUCGAUGACGAUGACAUCCUUCUGCCAUUCCUCGAGCGUGCCGACGAAGUUAGAGAUCUACUCUUCGACAGUCCUGCAAAUGCCAGCAUCGCCGCACGCCUUCGUACAUGGGCCUCAAUACGCGGUUCAGUCGGCGACGAUCUCAUACACACCUUGACGAAUGUUGAUCGCUCGGAACUGGACGAUGCUCGCUGGAUUGCUACCUUGAGGUCUGUUCUAGUCAAGGAGGUGCCAGAUUUGUGGGCAGACUUGGCACUGACCCUAGGUGCAGACGGCUCCACGUUCGCUGUGCCUGACUCGCAAGUCAAGAGCUUCGAGCAUGGCCUUCCAUUCGAUGACGAUGCCGUCGAUGACGCUUCCGAUCUGUCCUCGGUGACCCCGCUUCCCCACGAAUCCGGACAAGGUAGGAUUCACAGUCGGUCUGUCUCUCGCUCCUCCAUUCUCUCCGGUGAUUUCGAGCGUCAUCCAGAGGGACGCAAAGAACAGGAACCAUCGAGUCUUGAAGUCGAGGGGCUACACUACCUUCCAGCAGGCUACAACAAGGCCAUCUCCCAGAUUGAAAAGCCUUCCUACCCAUCGGAUGAGGAACAAGAAUUGACGACGAACAAAGCUGACGCAGACGCUUCUGCGCCCGCAGCGUCGACUUCUCCAGCCAGCCAAGAGCCGGGACGCCCUACCACGUCAAUCGACACCGCUUCGAAAAGCUCUGGCGUCAGUCAGCCUAGAUCUCGUGGGAUGAGCGUAUCUCUCUCCUCGCCACCUCCCUCACCUCGAGCACCCUUUGAUGCUUCCAAGAAACUUGCUUCGCAAUCCUUCGCCGGGUUGCGCCUGCGAUCUAGCUCUGUGAUGGAAAAAGAAGAGGACAAGGACUAUCUUGCCGGCUCGGCAGAAGCUUCGCCAAGGGCUCGCAGAAGAGCAGCUCGGGCCGUGGAGAGCGAGGCGAAGCCCCUGACCAUCCAGCACUCUCGCCGGCUCAGCGACCUAGUCGGCGGUCAGCCAGAUGCUCACUCGGAGCGUCAGAGGCCUACUGCCCUGCGAGUGCCAUCUGGACCGCACGUAGAGGGUACAAGCGCCAAGGAGCCACCCAACAAGAAGCUCACGAACCUUCGCCCCACUGCCGCAACACCAAGUCUCGAUGAUGAAGAACUUCUCCGCCCUCAGAAGAGCAAAUUGAGCUUUGCUCGAGACUUCGAAGGCCCUACGGGAAGUGACCCCCGCCAUCACGGUCGACCCAAAGCGUACUCCAUGACUCAGUACUCUUCUCACGUGGAACAGACCCGCCUAGAAGCCGGCAAAGCUGCAUCAAUCACUCCGUACGAAGCAGCUGCAGCUUACGAGGCAUCUGGCGUUGACAAGCCAGCUGACUUGGGCGUUCUGAAGGACGGGCGAACCAGACACCCCUCGAGCGGCAAGACGGAAAACGCAUCAGUCGUGGCGGCUUUCAGAGCUUCACUGGGCCUGACCCCCGGAACGUCGUCUUUGAGCCCUAUCAACUCGAAUCCUAGUUCAGGAGGCGGAAGCCCCUCGAGCGUCGGAAGCGGCGCUGUGACGCCCGUCACCAAAGAUGGGAAGGCGACUGUUUCGCCUCGAGUCGAGCUCAAAGAGCCUCUGCCUGUGACUGAAACUACCGACGCUCAGUCAGGUCAGGAAUCUAUUCAAGCCGCUCUGAGCUCACCACCCCACAUACACCGUCGACCAGGCGGCUUCGGGUCCUUCUCAGCCGAGCUAGAGGCUCUGCAGAAACGUUCCCGUGCGAGGAGCGAUGCGGCUUUCUCUUCAGGCAGUCAAGCCGUAGCGAGCAGUAGUGAAGGCUCGGCAGUGAGCGACUCUGGGGUCGAUGAAGAUGACACUGCUGAAGAUGCUGCCAUUGCUUCGGCCGCCUCUUCUCUCAAGGGCUCCAUGCCGAGCGGAGACUUUGAUCUUGACUUCGGAGACAAACAAGCAGAAACUUCGGGCGGGAAUAGCGCCGAAUCUCAACCUUCGGUACAGACUCCGAGCACGCCGCCCCUGAAGAAGCAAGUCUCUUCCACCUCUUCUCCCUCUCAGACAGCAGCGGCCUUUUCGCCUCGCAGCCCCCGCAGUGCGAGGGGCGAUGACCACAUCAUCGUCCCUAUUCCUCCUGGAGGACCAAGGUCUAGAGCUCAAGCUAUGUCUGCCCUAUGGCGACGGUCCGAUGUCCAAUAUCUCGUCGCCAGCAUGAAGAUGGCUAUCGGCAACGAGGGCUGGUUGAAGGCUCGCGAUGUAAUGACAACUGUGGAGCGCGACACACUUUCCGACAAGGCUCUCCUUGAGACUCUUGCUACCGAAAGCUUCAAGCUGGUGGACUUGGACUCUCAAGAUCCACGGGACAGGGAAAGGGCGGAGAAGAUCAUGUGUGGCGAAAUCAGUGAGGAGGAGCAGGCGGAGUAUAGUAAAAAGUGGAAGGCAUUUGAGCUGUUGUUGAGCGAGGGACUCUGCGUUCCUUCGAGCUCUUUGCAGGAGGCAAAGAGGCGAUGUGCCUUGCAUCUGUAGCUUACAACGAACCAUGCACACGGGUGUAGAAGGCAACCUUCCCCACAUGUACAUUACACACUGAAGUGCUUGUAAAUAGACGUCUUCCUCAUCCUUCUCGACUUGACUUGACUUGACUUGCAAGGCU